AUGGCGUGUCUCCGGGUAUCAGGCCUAGAUGAGGCUGCCACCUCAGAGGCAGUGGUGAGAGCACUUGCAGCCAAAGGGGGAUGUUCACCGGCGGAUAUCAGGGUAGGAGAUAUUCACAUCGGUUACAGCGGCACUGGCUCUGCCUUAGUUCGGUGCCCUAUAGAGGCGGCGAAUGCCGCAGCAUCCUUGGGAAGGGUGACGAUUGGGUGGGCAGCUGCCCGGGUCGAAGCACUUGAGCCUGAGGUGCUCAAGUGCUACAAGUGCCUGGGUAUCGGCCACACUAGGGCUACAUGCCCUUCCCCGAUCGAAAGAGGAGACCUGUGCUUCCGGUGCAGCAAGCCGGGGCACCGGGGGGUGGUCUGCCAGGCAGAGGCCUUCUGCGCAGUCUGCCACCAGGCGUGGCUUCUCAUGCAACCCCCCUAA